GCGUGGUAGGCUCCUGGGUAGAGGCAAAAGCAGCAGCUGCUUCACGUGUGUGCCUGGCAGUGGCUGCUGGAGCUGCUCCCAGCCUGGGCAACUUGUCCCGGUUACUCCGCUGCAUCGCCCAGUGUGCCUGGCAACACAUGACCUAGGAAGAUAGUGCGCAGGGUCUGCACAAGGGGGUGUGUGUGAUCCACAGUUGAAGAAGAAACUCACAGGACCAAGAAACAAGUGUGGACUAAGCUGCUGGCAUCAUUGCUACAGGAUAGGUGUCUGCCUGGAACUGAGCACAAGUUGCCCCCCUCUAUUCGACCCCUUGUUUGUACUGACCUUCCGCUGCACACCGACAACUUGCGUUAUGUUUUCCAGGUUUGGAUCCCAGGAGGGUGACCUGAAAAAAGUGUAACAGCAGCAGAAUCAAAGCAACAAUGUAAUUUCCAUGCCUGUGUAAACCUUCUCCAGUAACAACCUGCAUCAAAGGUGAAAACACGCAAAACUCAUAGGUGGACAGCUUCAAAGUCAGGAAUUAAGACAAAUCGAGUGUGAGAAGCGAUUUUCAAGUAAGCUCGACUCUUGUGGACACAGAAUGAACUUAAUAUGGAUGUAAAAGAACGUAGGCCUUAUUGUUCCCUGACAAAAAGUCGGCGAGACAAAGAGAGACGUUACACAAAUUCUUCAGCGGACAAUGAUGACUGUAGAGUGCCUACACAAAAAUCGUACAGCUCAAGCGAAACCCUGAAAGCUUUUGAUCAUGAUUCUUCACGGCUGCUCUAUGGAAACCGGGUGAAAGACCUGGUUCACAGAGAAGCAGAUGAAUAUAACAGACAAGGACAGCAUUUUACUUUGCGACAGCUGGGCAUUUGUGAACCGGCAUCCCGUCGUGGACUGGCAUUUUGUGCAGACAUGGGCCUUCCACACCGAGGUUACUCCAUUAACGCAGGUUCAGAUCCCGAGGCUGAAAAAGAAGGGGUGAUGUCCCCAGAGCAUGCAAUGAGGCUCUGGGGCAGGGGGGUGAAGUCCGGACGCAGUUCCUGUCUCUCCAGCCGCUCCAAUUCUGCGCUGACGUUGACUGACACUGAGCACGAGAACAAGUCUGACAGCGAAACUGAACCGUCAUCUUUCUGUGUUUCUCAGGCAAAAGACACCUUGAGGAUUACAAAUUUGUUGCAGUGCAAGCAACCAGCCACACACAGUCGCACCCUAAAAUGUGAAAACGGCUUUCUGGGUUCUCCCAUGCCAUCCUCAUCUUCUAGCCCUUCUGUUAUUGAACAAUUACAUUCCCCUACUUCAUCUCCCCAUCUUCAUGACAACCAGAGGUGGUUAUUAAGUGCUAGUGCCAAGCAGUCAGUUCAGGACUCUGAUGACGAGUUUAAUGCCAGCACACAUUUGGUGCAUCCAAGUUUUCUGUCAGAGAGUGUCUUGUGUCAUGAGCAAUCGUCAAACAAUCAAGGCCAGUCAACGUUGCAGCCGUUACCACCUUCUCACAAGCAGCACCCUGCAGCUAAUCAGCCAUCCAUCACAUCCCUCAACCGCAAUUCUCUGACACAUAGGAGGAACCAAAGUCCGGCCCCGCCGGCUGCACUGCCCGCCGAGCUGCAAACCACACCUGAGUCCGUCCAGCUGCAGGACAGCUGGGUCCUUGGCAGUAAUGUGCCACUGGAGAGCAGAAAAUUAGCAAAUCACCCAGUUCUUGAAAAUGGGCAUGACAACUUUAUAGAGAUGGCUGUGUUUCCACCACCUUGCCAUGAUGGCGACUAUGGGGAUGGGCAUUUUCUAUUCAAGACAGGAACAGGGACAACCCCACUGUUCAGCACUGCUACACCCGGAUACACAAUGGCAUCUGGCACUGUCUAUACUCCACCCACAAGACCACUCCCUCGAAACACCUUAUCAAGAAGUGCUUUUAAGUUCAAAAAGUCCUCUAAGUACUGUAGUUGGAAAUGUACUGCGCUCUGUGCCGUAGGGGUCUCUGUACUACUGGCAAUACUUCUCUCCUAUUUCAUAGCCAUGCAUCUCUUUGGCCUCAACUGGCAGCUACAGCAGACAGAAAAUGACACUUUUGAGAACGGAAAAGUAAAUUCAGACGUGGUGCCAACACAUACUGUAAAUGUGCCCUCCAGUGACAGCGGAAAAUCUGGUGGUCUAGAAAACAAUACCAUUGACUGGGGGGAGCUGGACGUCGGCCGGAGAGCGGUGCAAGAGAUUCCUCCUGGUGUAUUUUGGAGAUCACAGCUUUCCAUUGAUCAGCCACAGUUUCUUAAGUUUAAUAUCACCCUACAAAAGGAUUCACUCAUAGGAGUCUAUGGCAGGAAAGGAUUACCACCAUCACAUACUCAGUACGAUUUUGUAGAACUUUUGGAAGGCAGCAGAUUAAUUUCAAGAGAAAAACGCAACUUGCUUGAAUCUGAGAAAGCAAACCGUCUCCCAAGAUCUGUCAGUCUUCAUGAAGCUGGCUUCAUCCAGUAUCUUAACUCUGGAAUCUGGCACAUUGCCUUUUAUAAUGAUGGAAAAAACUCUGAACUGGUUUCUUUUAAUACUAUUGUUAUAGAUUCCGUCGUGGAAUGUCCCCGGAAUUGCCAUGGAAACGGCGAGUGUGUUUCAGGAACUUGUCAUUGUUUUCCUGGAUUUCUAGGCCCCGAUUGUUCAAGAGCGGCCUGUCCUGUGUUGUGUAAUGGGAAUGGUCAAUACUCCAAGGGACGCUGCCUGUGCUAUAGUGGAUGGAAGGGAACAGAGUGUGAUAUCCCUAGUAUUCAGUGCAUUGAUCCUUUGUGUGGAGGCCAUGGAGUUUGUAUCAUGGGAUCCUGUGCGUGUAACUCAGGUUAUAAAGGGGAGAACUGUGAAGAAGCUGAUUGCCUGGAUACAUUUUGUUCUUAUCAUGGAGUGUGUAUUCAUGGGGAAUGCCAUUGCAAUCAAGGAUGGGGUGGCACCAACUGUGAAAUACUGAAAUCAAUGUGUCCAGAUCAGUGUUCUGGCCAUGGGACCUACAUUCAAGAGUCUGGAAGCUGCACUUGUGAUGCUAAUUGGACAGGACAUGACUGCUCAACAGAAAUCUGUCCAGUUGACUGCGGCUCUCAUGGUGUCUGCAUGGGUGGAUCAUGUCGGUGUGAAGAAGGGUGGACAGGACCUUCCUGCAACCAGAGAGCAUGUCACCCACGUUGCUUGGAACAUGGUACCUGCAAAGAUGGCAAGUGUGAAUGUAACCAGGGCUGGAAUGGAGAGCACUGCACAAUUGCUCACUAUUUGGAUAAAAUAGUUAAAGAAGGCUGCCCGGGACUCUGUAACAGCAAUGGAAGAUGCGCGUUGGAUCAAAAUGGAUGGCAUUGUGUGUGCCAGCCGGGCUGGAGGGGAGCAGGAUGUGAUGUUGCCAUGGAAACCUUGUGCACUGAUAGUAAGGACAAUGAAGGAGAUGGCUUAAUCGACUGCAUGGACCCAGACUGCUGCUUACAGAGCUCCUGCCAGAAUCAGCCGUACUGCCGUGGUCUACCUGAUCCACAGGACAUUAUCAGCCAGAGCCAGCAGUCACCGUCCCAGCAGGCUGCCAAGUCUUUUUACGAUAGGAUCAGCUUCCUCACAGGACCUGACAGCACCCAUGUCAUCCCCGGAGACAACCCUUUCAAUAAAAGCCUUGCAUCUGUAAUCCGAGGCCAACUUCUCACAGCUGAUGGAACACCGCUCAUUGGAGUCAAUGUGUCAUUUCUACAUUACCCCAACUAUGGAUAUACAAUCACACGCCAGGAUGGGAUGUUUGAUCUGGUUGCGAAUGGAGGUGCAUCUCUUACACUCAUGUUUGAAAGGGCUCCGUUUCUGACACAAUAUCACACAGUUUGGAUUCCGUGGAAUGUAUUUUAUGUGAUGGACACCUUGGUAAUGAAGAAAGAGGAGAAUGACAUCCCUAGUUGUGACCUGAGUGGGUUUGUCCGGCCGAUCCCGGUCAUAGUAUCAUCUCCUUUGUCAACUUUUUUCAGAUCCUCUCCUGAAGAUAGCCCCAUAAUUCCUGAGACACAGGUGCUUCACGAAGAAACAACAGUUCCAGGGACUGAUUUGAAAUUAUCCUAUUUGAGUUCGAGAGCUGCAGGAUAUAAAUCUGUGCUUAAAAUUACAAUGACACAUUCUGUAAUACCAUUCAAUCUGAUGAAAGUGCGUCUGAUGGUUGCAGUCGUCGGACGACUUUUCCAAAAAUGGUUCCCUGCGUCCCCCAAACUUUCCUAUACAUUUAUAUGGGAUAAGACGGAUGCAUACAACCAGAAAGUCUAUGGACUGUCUGAGGCUGUCGUGUCUGUUGGAUAUGAAUAUGAAUCCUGUCUUGACCUGACACUAUGGGAAAAAAGAACUGCAGUUUUACAAGGCUAUGAGCUGGACGCCUCAAACAUGGGUGGUUGGACGUUGGAUAAGCAUCAUGUUUUGGAUGUCCAAAAUGGUAUCCUUUACAAAGGGAAUGGUGAAAACCAGUUUAUAUCUCAACAGCCUCCUGUCAUUAGCACCAUCAUGGGAAAUGGCAAAAGACGCAGCAUUUCAUGUCCUAGUUGCAAUGGUCAGGCAGAUGGCAACAAGCUACUUGCCCCUGUGACCUUGGCUUGUGGAAUAGAUGGAAGUCUGUAUGUGGGAGAUUUUAACUUCAUCCGUCGAUUAUUUCCAUCAGGGAAUGUAACCAAUGUACUGGAACUUAGAAAUAAAGAUUUUAGGCACAGUAGUAACUUGGCCCACCGCUACUACCUGGCUACAGAUCCAGUAACUGGGGAUCUUUAUGUUUCUGAUGCAAACACUCGCAAAAUAUAUCGUCCUAAAUCGCUGACCGGAGCAAAGGAUUUGAUCAAGAAUGUGGAAGUCAUCGCUGGCACAGGAGAACAGUGUACGCCAUUUGAUGAAGCAAGGUGUGGAGAAGGAGGAAAAGCGGUAGAAGCAACGCUAACAACACCAAAAGGCAUUGCUGUGGAUAAGAAUGGAUUAAUCUACUUUGUGGAUGGAAAGGUUAUCAGAAGAGUGGAUCAAAAUGGAAUAAUAUCAACACUGCUGGGAUCCAAUGACCUGACCUCUGCACGGCCUUUGACCUGUGACACAAGCAUGCAUAUCAGCGAGGUAAGGCUUGAAUGGCCCACAGACUUGGCUAUUAAUCCAAUGGAUAAUUCUAUAUAUGUUCUGGACAACAACGUAGUUUUGCAGAUCACUGAAAACAGACAGGUCCGCAUUGCUGCAGGAAGACCCAUGUAUUGCCAAGUGCCUGGUGUUGAAUAUUCCAUAGGAAAAUAUGCAGUCCAAGCAAUAUUAGAAUCAGCUACCGCUAUAGCAGUGUCCUAUAAUGGGGUUCUUUAUAUCACAGAAACGGAUGAGAAGAAAGUUAAUCGUAUUCGACAGGUAACCACCGAUGGAGAAAUUUCGUUAAUUGCUGGAAUACCAUCAGAUUGUGAUUGCAAAAACGAUGUUGUCAACUGUGACUGUUACCAGAAUGGAGAUGGCUAUGCAAAGGAUGCUAAACUGAGUGCACCAUCUUCUUUAGCUGCUUCACCUGAUGGCACCCUCUACAUCGCAGACUUGGGGAAUAUUAGAAUCCGGGCUGUCUCCAAAAACAAACCUGUCCUCACUUCAAUUAAUUAUUAUGAAGUUGCCUCACCCACUGACCAAGAGCUCUAUAUUUUUGAUGUCAAUGGUACCCACCAAUACACCAUGAGUUUGAUUACUGGAGACUAUUUAUAUAACUUCAGUUACAGCAAUGAGAAUGACAUAACUGCAGUAACUGACAGUAAUGGAAACACUUUCCGUAUCAGGAGGGAUCCAAACCGCAUGCCAGUGAGAGUCGUUGCACCUGACAAUCAAGUGAUCUGGUUGACCAUUGGUACAAAUGGAUGUCUGAAGAGCAUGACUGCCCAGGGACAGGAAUUGGUGUUAUUUACCUAUCAUGGUAACAGUGGACUCCUAGCUACUAAAAGUGAUGAAACUGGCUGGACAACAUUCUUUGACUACAACAGUGAAGGUCGUCUCACCAAUGUAACAUUCCCAACGGGUGUUGUCAAAAAUCUCCAUGGAGAAAUGGACAAGGCCAUCACAGUGGAUAUAGAGUCGUCUAGCAGAGAGGAAGAUGUCAGCAUUACUUCCAAUUUAUCUUCUAUCGAUUCUUUCUAUACCAUGGUUCAAGAUCAGCUGAGAAAUAGCUAUCAAGUUGGUUAUGAUGGUUCUAUCAGAAUUAUCUAUGGUAAUGGACUGGACCUGCACUUCCAGACAGAACCUCAUAUUCUAGCUGGACCAGCUAAUCCAACAGUGACAAAGAGAAACAUGACGCUUCCUGGAGAAAAUGGGCAUAAUCUGGUGGAGUGGAGGUUCAGGAAAGAACAACUUCAGGGAAAAAUAAAUGUGUUUGGACGGAAGCUCAGAGUAAAUGGCAGAAACCUUCUCUCAGUUGACUAUGAUCGAACCAUGAAGACAGAAAAGAUCUAUGAUGACCAUCGAAAGUUCACCUUGAAGAUAACCUAUGAUAGUGCUGGCCAUCCCACGCUGUGGCUCCCUGGUACCAACUUUAUGGCUGUCAAUGUCACCUACUCGUCAACUGGACAGAUUGCAAGCAUUCAGCGUGGGGCAACUAGUGAAAGAGUGGAAUAUGACGGACAGGGUAGGAUUGUGACAAGGUCAUUUGCAGAUGGCAAGAUGUGGAGCUAUACAUACCUGGAAAAGACUAUGGUGUUGCUGCUCCAGAGUCAACGGCAGUACAUUUUUGAAUACGACUUAUUGGACCGGUUAUCUGCCAUUACAAUGCCUAGUGUUGCCAGACAUACGAUGCAAACAAUUCGUUCCAUUGGUUAUUACAGAAACAUAUAUAAUCCCCCAGAAAGUAACGCUUCUGUCAUAAUGGAUUACAAUGAGGAGGGCCAACUCUUACAAACUGCCUUCCUUGGAACAGGUCGCCGUGUUCUCUAUAAAUAUAAAAGGCAAACAAAAGUUUCAGAAGUUCUUUAUGACAGCACACGAGUUAGCUUUACAUAUGAUGAGACUGCAGGAGUACUGAAAACAGUUAACCUACAAGUUGAUAAAUUUAUUUGCACUAUUCGAUACCGACAAAUUGGCCCCUUGAUUGAUCGACAAAUAUUCCGCUUUAGUGAAGAAGGCAUGGUUAAUGCAAGAUUUGACUACAGCUAUGAUAACAACUUCAGAAUCACAAGCAUGCAGGGUGUGAUCAACGAGACUCCAUUGCCUAUUGAGUUAUAUCAGUUUGAUGACAUAUCAGGAAAAAUGGACCAGUUUGGAAAAUUUGGUGUUCUCCAUUAUGAGGUCAUCAAGGUAAUUUCCACAGCUGUAAUGACAUACACCAAGCACUUUGAUGCCCACGAUCGAGUUAGAGAGGUUCGGUAUGAUGUCCAGAGAUCAGAAAUGUAUAGACUCACUGUACAGUAUGACAGCAUGGGGAGAGUUACUAAGCGGGAAAUUAAAAUUGGACCUUUUGCUAAUACAACUAAAUAUGCUUAUGAAUAUGAUGGCGACGGUCAACUUCAAACUGUUCUCUUGAAUGAAAAGAUUAUGUGGAAAUACAAUUAUGAUUUAAAUGGUAAUAUUCGUUUGCUGAACCCAGGUAACCGUAUAAGGGUUGGUUCUCUUCUUUUUGAUCUGAGAGACAGGAUAACAAGACUAGACACCAUCCAGUACAGAAUGGAUGAAGAUGGCUUCCUGCGACAGAGAGGGACUGAGAUCUUUGAAUAUAGUUCUAAGGGCCUUCUCACCAGAGUUUACAGCAAAGGCAGUCGGUGGACUGUAAAAUACCGAUAUGAUGGCCUUGGUCGUAGAAUAUCCAGUAAAACAAGUCCUGGAAAACACCUUCAAUUUUUUUAUGCUGAUCUCAAUUAUCCAUCAAGAAUAACCCAUGUGUAUAACCAUUCCAGCUCUGAGAUAACGUGUCUUUAUUAUGACCUCCAAGGACAUCUUUUUGCCAUGGAGAUUAGCAGUGGGGCAGAAUUUUACAUUGCAUCAGACAACAAUGGCACACCUCUGGCUGUUUUCAGUAGCAAUGGUCUUAUGCUCAAACAUAUCCAGUAUACUGCCUUUGGAGAAAUUUAUUUUGACUCUAAUCCUGAUUUCCAAUUGGUGAUCGGAUUUCAGGGAGGCCUGUAUGAUCCCCUCACAAAGCUUGUCCAUUUUGGGAAAAGGGACUAUGAUAUAUUGGCUGGGCGAUGGACUACGCCUGAUAUUGAGAUAUGGAAAAAGAUUGGCAAGGACCCAGCACCUUUCAACGUAUACAUGUUUAACAACAACAACCCUGUCAGUAAACUUUAUGAGAUCAAGGAUUACACAGAUGUUAACAGCUGGCUGAUGACAUUUGGGUUCUAUCUACACAAUUCAAUUCCUGGCUUUCCAGCUCCCAAACUGGAUUUAAACGAGCAGUCCUAUGAACUUCUGAAGAGUCAGCAAUGGGAUGAUGUUCCUCCAAUUUCUGGAGUGCAGCAACAAGUGUCAAGACAGUCUAAGGCUUUCUUAGCUUUGGGGAAAAUCCCAGAAAUUCAAAUAAGCAGAAGUAACGCCCGAGAGGAGAAGUCCUGGCUGUGGUUUGCCACAGUGAAAUCGCUAAUUGGGAAAGGGGUCAUGCUGGCCAUUAAUGAAGGCAAAGUCAUUACUAAUGUGCUCAACAUUGCUAAUGAGGACUGUAUCAAGGUUGCAGCAGUUUUAAAUAAUGCCUUUUACUUGGAGAACCUCCAUUUCACCAUUGAAGGAAGGGAUACCCACUACUUCAUCAAAGCCACAACUCCUGAAAGUGAUCUUGGGACCCUGAGGUUGACCAGUGGACGCAAAGCCUUAGAGAAUGGCAUCAAUGUAACAGUGUCUCAGUCUACCACCGUGGUGAAUGGUAGAACUCGCAGAUUUGCAGAUGUGGAAAUGCAGUACGGUGCUCUUGCCUUGCAUGUACGUUAUGGCAUGACACUUGAUGAGGAGAAAGCACGGAUCCUGGAGCAAGCAAGACAAAGAGCUCUCUCCCACGCCUGGGCCAGGGAACAGCAGGGGGUGAGAGAUGGGGAAGAGGGCGCUAGGUCUUGGAAUGAAGGAGAGAAAAGACAGCUGCUCAGUGCUGGGAAAGUACAAGGAUAUGAUGGGUACUAUGUACUCUCUGUGGAGCAAUACCCUGAGCUAGCAGACAGCUCUUACAAUAUACAGUUUCUCAGACAAAGCGAGAUUGGAAAAAGGUAACACACUGGCCUUGCAGAGGCUGCCAAAGAGACAAAACACAUGUGCUUCCUCUGAAAGGGAGAUGGAAACUGUAUUUGCUGCAUAGCGAUUUGAGUCUACGCUACACUCCGGCUCAAAUAACCUCUCUGUAGCACAAUCUAUACUGGACUCUGUGAACAAAAGAGCCUUCCUGGGGAAUGAAAACCUGCUGUUGGCAAACCCCCUUUGUUUUUAUGAAUGACCUUAAAGGUGAUCUGCUUUAAGAUAAUAUGUUUACAUAUGCAUAUCACUGCACUCGGACUGGAGAGUAAAAGCCUAUAGAUUUUGCAGUAGGCUCUAUGUACGUUCAUCCAGACACUGUAUUUAAAACUCAAACUACGUGUACAGUGUUUCCGAAUAUUAUUGAAAUGUUGACCUUUGCUUACAAAGAGUAGUUUCUCGAUUAUCUCUCUCUCUCUCUUUCUCUCUGCAUAGGAUGUGCUAUAUAUCAUUGUUAAUUUUGAAACGUGGAACAAAAUUACUGUUUAUAGACAAUUCAAUCGCUUUUAACGUGCUGCUUUCUACAAAAACAAAAAACAAGGACAUUAUUUGGCACAAGUGACUUACGCUACCAUGUGACUUUACAUACAGAUUUUACAAUGCUAACAUGGUCUGCCUUGAAAAAAAACUAUUGCAAGUAGAAUUAUGUUCAAGUUUGAGCAAAGGAAUCUGUUUUUCCUUUUUUUUUUUGUAAAUUAUGUGAAACAAGUUGUUUAUGGAUUUUUAUAGGAAUUACAAUUUACUGUACAUCAAAUAUUAGUCUCAGAGGAGUUAAUUUAUGUAAAAGUGUUUCAGAAAGUUUAUAUAUAAAAUAAAACGAUAAAAAAAUA